AACUCAUACUGUCGCACUGCUGUUUUUGUCACAAAUUCAAUUUAAAUAAUAACAAUAUAAUAUAUUAUAAACUGUACAGUUUGCAAUUUAAUUUAAAAAAAAAUAUGGAUAUUAUUGUGACAAGAGAAUAAAAUCGAAGUACGCCAAAAUAUCAGAAAAUGGUGCAGUCAAAUAAACCCAUUAAUGGCCGUGCUAAAGACACGGAUACUCCAACACACGCAAGCGGCAACGACAACGACAACAACAAAAGUUAUGAAGGCAACUUGGAUAACAGUGCCAUGUCCCUGAAUGUGGAACAAUUGUUGGAUGGAAUAUUUCAUGCCCUGCACAAACUUUGGUUCCAGGGACGUCGCGUCGCCAACCUGAUUAUGUCCGAACUGGGAGGAAAUGAAUUAAUCGAUGCUGCAGUUACUUGGUGUACGCAACAUCCGGAUAUUGCCAUCUGUGUCCUGGCUGCCACUAUAGUUUUCCUCCUGCCAUUGCUAAUCAUUUUCGGGUUUGGCAUUGCAACCAUGGUUAUAACAUUUACCGGCAUUCUUGUGCUCGAAGGAACGCUCUUAACGGUUGUUGUCAUGAUAUUCCUCACGUGUAUAGGAAGUUUGGCUGUCGCAAUUGCCAUUUUUGCUGUCGUUGCCUAUUUUGGAUUAUCGCAAUUCUACGAAAUCUUUGGUAUGGAGCGUCACAGAGAUUCAUUCAUAAGGUUCUUGCAGCAAAAUAAAACACAACAGAAUGCAGAAUCUCCUCAGGAUACAACGUAAUGAGACUGCUUUCUAAUAUGCUAUUUGUAUCUCGAACUUCCAAACUAAUGAAAAAACUAAAACUAAUGAAAUACAUUCUUUACUUUAUUAAUAUCAA